AUGGCAACAAUGAAAGCGCUCGUCUACAAAGCUCCGGGCACAAUAGAGCUUCAAACUCGUCCUAAACCCGUAAUCCAAGCAUCCACCGACGCCAUUAUCCGUAUCCUUCACGCAUCUAUCUGUGGCACAGAUCUCCAUGUCCUCAAAGGCGAUGUACCAACCAUUCAACCUGGACUGAUCAUGGGCCAUGAAGGUGUGGGGAUCGUGGAAGAGGUGGGCGCCUCCGUACAUAUGGUAGCCGCCGGGGAUCGGGUGGUUAUCGUUAGCCAGACUUGCUGUGGGUUCUGUAAAUUUUGCAGAACUGGAGCUGUUUCUCAUUGUGAGGAUGGGGGCUGGCAGCUCGGUAAUAAGAUCGACGGGACACAGGCUGAGUAUGUGCGGAUCAUGCAUGCAAAUCUGUCGCUGUACAAGAUCUCCGACAGUAUUACUGGACACAUCGCCUUGAUGUUUUCGGAUGUGUUACCGACUAGUAUGGAAUGUGGCACGUUGCAUGGCAAUGUGCAGCCUGGUAACACUGUGGUCAUAAUUGGGGCAGGACCUAUUGGGAUAUCAUGUUUACUGACGGCGCGACUUUAUUCGCCAAUGAAGGUGGUGAUGGUGGAUGUUGAUAACGGUCGUUUGGAUAGAGCUAGAGCAAUGGGUGUGGAGGCUUUGAACUCCAAGGAUCCUAAUUCAAAGGAUGCACUACUGCAACUCACUGAUGGGCGAGGGUUCGACUCGGUUAUCGAAGCAGUCGGCAUUCCGGCAACAUUUGAACUAGCUCAGGAAUUAGUCGCUGUCGGGGGAUCUAUUGCAAAUGUCGGUGUGCAUGGAACGAAGGUGGAUCUUCACCUUGAGAAGUUGUGGGAUAGAAAUAUCAGUGAGUACCCAACGACACUUGAAAUGACCAACAUACUGAUUCCAGAAGGCAUUAAUACGCAACUUCUCAAUGGGACGACGAUACCUCAGUUAAUGAGACUCGUUGAAAGUGGAAUACUGGAUGUUUCUUGUUUAGUGACGCAUUCUUUCCCCAUUACUGAGGGUGAGAAAGCGUAUAGCACUUUCCAAACAGCAGCUCAGUCUGGGGCGCUUAAAGUUACUAUCGAUAUGUGCUAA